UAGUGCGUCACGGCGGAGCUGGCAAACGCCAGCAUGGAAGGGAAGAGAAGCGCGGUGGGGUCUGGCGGGAUGCCUGAAGCCCCUCCGGAGCCCGCGGUUGGGGAGCUUCUCGGGGACGAAUGCUAUGCAGAUUUUUUACGGGAAGACUUUGAUGUGAAGGCAUACACUUCGCAAUCUAUCCAUCAAGCUGUUAUAGCUGAACAAUUAGCGAAGCUUGCUCAAGGGAUCAGUCAGCUGGAUAAAGAACUCCACUUGCAAGUAGUUGCAAGACAUGAGGACUUGCUGGCACAAGCAACUGGUAUAGAAUCUUUGGAAGGUGUUCUUCAAAUGAUGCAGACCAGGAUUAGUGCCUUGCAGAGUACUGUCGACAGAAUCAGAGCGAAAAUUGUUGAUCCGUACAACAAAAUCGUGUCACGCACUGAGCAAUUAGCUCGGCUUCAGGCUGCCUGUGACUUGCUUCGGAGAAUAAUACGCAUCCUGUAUCUCAGCAAGAGACUUCAAGGGCAGCUGCAGGGAGGAAGCAGAGAGAUAACAAAAGCUGCUCAGAGCCUCAAUGAGCUUGAUUACCUUUCUCAAGGAAUAGAUCUCUCUGGAAUAGAAGUAAUUGAAAAUGACCUGCUGUUUAUUGCAAGAGCUCGACUUGAGGUUGAAAACCAGGCUAAACGGCUGCUUGAGCAAGGAAUAGAAACUCAGAAUCCUACGCAAGUAGGUACAGCCCUUCAAGUUUUCUAUAACCUUGGUACUUUGAAAGUCACAAUUACGAAUGUUGUGGAUGGAUAUUGCGCAACUUUGGAGGAGAACAUCAGCAAUGCCUUGGAUAUUAAAAUUUUGACUCAACCCUCUCAAACAGUGGCUAGAGGUGGUCCUGGGCGAGCAACUAUGCCAACACCAGGAAAUACUGCAGCCUUUAGAGCAGCUCUGUGGACUAACAUGGAAAAACUGAUGGAUCAAAUCUGUGCUGCUUGUGGACAGGUGCAACAUCUGCAGAAAGUAUUGUCUAAGAAAAGAGAUCCAGUUACUCACGUGUGCUUCAUUGAUGAAUUAGCAAAGGAUGGUCAAUCAGACAUUUUGUACACAUUUUGGACAGCAGUGACGCAGGUUCUUUCCUCCCAGUUUCAGAAAGCAACUGAUUCUUCCAUGUUUCUGAAGCAAGCUUUUGAAGGCGAAUACCCAAAGUUGUUGAGACUCUAUAAUGAUUUGUGGAAGCGGCUUCAGCAAUACAGUGAAAACAUUCAAAGGAAUUUUAUUACAAACGGAAGUGCAGAACACUUUGCUGAACUUCAACAGAUUGAAGAUGAUACGCAGGACAUAUUCAUCCAAAAGAAGCAAGAUUACGACCCAGAAAUAGCUCUAAAGGACUCUUUGCAAGCCUAUGAAGCUGCCUACUUGUCAAAGUCCUUGUCUCGACUCUUUGACCCUAUCAAUCUUGUGUUUCCCCCUGGAGGUCGCAAUCCUCCUUCAACCGAUGAACUUGACAGUAUCAUCAAAACCAUUGCAAGUGAGCUGAAUGUUGCUGCUGUGGAUCCAAACCUCAGCUUAGCAGUAUCAAAAAAUGUGGCAAAGACCAUACAACUUUUUGGUGUGAAGUCUGAGCAGCUUCUGUCUACACAAGGAGAUGCAAGUCAGGUGAUUGGACCAUUAACCGAAGGACAAAGGAGAAAUGUGGCUGUUGUGAAUUCACUAUACAGGCUACACCAGUCAGUGCUAAAAGUCGUGUCCAGCCAAAGUGCCUUUCCAGCAGCUUCUGAAGAAACUGUCAGCACAGCUUUAAAGACAGUCCAUGAUUUGAUGGGAAAUGCCGUGCAACCUUUACUAAACUCAGUUGGAGACUCAAUAGAGGCUAUUAUCAUCACUAUGCACCAGGAAGACUUUUCUGGGUCACUACCCACUUCAGGAAAGCCAGAUAUCCCUUGUUCUCUGUACAUGAAAGAGCUACAGGGCUUCAUUUCGAGAGUCAUGAAUGACUACUUCAGACACUUUGAAUGUUACGACUUUGUCUAUGAAAGUACUGAAGCCAUUGCUCAGAGAGCCAUUGAAAUAUUUAUCCGCAAUGCCAGCCUGCUAAGACCCUUGGGUGAAGGCGGGAAGAUGCGUCUUGCUGCUGACUUUGCACAGAUGGAGUUAGCCGUGGCUCCCCUCUGCAGGCGAGUGUCUGAUCUGGGGAAGUCCUACAAACUCUUGAGAUCAUUCAGACCAAUGCUGUUCCAAACUAGCGAGCACAUUGCCAGCAGCCCGGCUGUGGGAGAUGUCAUUCCAUUCAGCACCGUUAUUCAGUUCUUAUUUACAAGAGCACCACCUGAAUUAAAAUCCCCAUUCCAGAGAGCCGAAUGGACCAUUGCCCGCUAUUCCCGGUGGCUUGAUGACCAUCCUUCAGAGAAGGACAGGCUUAUUUUAAUACGAGGUGCCCUGGAAGCUUAUGUUCAGUCAGUAAAAAGUAGAGAAGGAAAGGAGUUUGCACCAGUCUAUCCCAUAAUGAUACAACUGCUGCAGAAAGCACUCUCCACUCUCCAGUGAAAUGCUUCAUGGAAGACCUUUGGGAUCCAAUGAUACAGACAACGAAUGGCAAUGCUAGGGCAACUCUUCAGAACGUAGGUGGACAUAUCUCUCUCCAGCUUUCUCUCAAAAAUCUACCAUAAAUUCUUUUCAUGACUGAAUACACACUAUGUUCUUUUCUGGUAUAAAGCUUUGAUGAUCUUUUUUUGAUUUUAGAAAUUUUGUGUCAAAAGGCUUUUUUUUCUGCAUUUUGAUUAAAUUUUAAACAAUCUUGACAGGAUUUCCAUGUGAACGGGACUGGGAUUCUUUUCGGCAACAGUUCUACAGCUUUAAACUAACUUAUUUUAUCUAUCAAUCUAUACAUAAUAAAGAGUCAUGUACAAUA